CACGCGAGACUUCCCGGCAGCUCAGCGCUAUGGCAACGCCCCUGUGUGGAAACGCCGCGGUUCUCUUACGGGGGCCUCGGCACGUGCGGUAAAUUCUCUCCUCUCACCCUGCGGAGUCUGGGAAGAGAACGGAGAGUCCGCAAUCCUCCCAUAGCUGCCUCCUAACCCUUGACCCCUCCCACACACUGCAGCAUCUCCCAUCGUGCCAUGCGCGCACCGUACUACAUUUCCCAGAGAGCUGCGCGGCGCCGCGUGACGUCACAAUGCCUAUAAGUGGAUACAUUGUAACGCUCUGAGCCCAUUGUUACCGAUGUAUGGAGCCGGGGCGGACAGGGCAGGACGCGGCCGCUUUCCCCGAGUUCUUUUUCAGUUGAGGUGACACCCGGGUCGUGGAAUAGCAACCCCCCCGCCCCGGCCUCUCCUCUGCACCAGCCGGUCCCUGCUCCCGACAGAAAUAAACCAAUAAACGCCCUUUGCUUUGUGACUGAGCUGCUCUGCAGGAUUGUUAGCAUCCUCACUAGAACGGAGACCGACGAGGAGAUGACAUUACAGCGAUCUGCUGCAUCCCCGGCCUCCACGGCUUGCAUGUCUCCCCUCCUGCCCCUGUAGCCUUAUCCAUCGAUCCCUUCCGCCCCGGCUUCGAUUAACCCCCCCAUAACCAAUGCUCUGGUCAUCUGCGCCCUGUCGCCCCCGGUACCGAUCUGUUCUCACCUACCCUUCCUCAAUCGGACCUUCUAAUUCGUGUGCGACAUAACUCCCCCCUUUAGAACUCGCCCUUCAGAAAAAGAAAAUAAGCGACAUCCAAGCAGAUCGGCCGACCAUCGGACUAGAAGAAAGCUCGCCUUAAAAAAAAAAAAAAAAAGCAACCCUGAAACAAAUGGAUGCUGUGAUGAGCAGAAGCCUGAAAAGAAAGUUUGAAGAAGUAGAUACUGGCUCGCCAAUUUCUACAUCAAAAGAUUCUGAUGAUGAGAUCUCCAACAGCGAUAGUGCGGACAGCUGUGACAGCAUCAAUGCUCCUACCACCACUGGACUUAUCCCAACAUCCAUCCUGAAGCGGCAGAAACUUCUGAGACAAAAGAAUGUCCGUUUUGACCAAGUCACUGUCUAUUACUUCUCACGUCGCCAAGGUUUCACUAGUGUGCCAAGCCAAGGUGGUAGUUCCUUGGGAAUGGCCCAGCACCACAACUCCGUGCAAAAAUACACACUCUGUGAGUUUGCCCAGGAGCAAGAAGUAACACACCGGGAAAUUCUGCGUGAGCACCUAAAGGAGGAGAAACUUCAUACAAGGAAGAUGAAGCUGACAAAAAAUGGUACAGUAGAAUCGGAAGAAGCUGAAGGCCUCACUUUGGAGGAUGUCUCGGAUGAAGAUAUAGAUGUUGACAACGUUGAAGUGGACGAUUACUUCUUCCUUCAGCCAUUACCAACGAAGAGGCGCAGAGCUCUUCUUCGAGCAGCUGGUGUUCAUCGCAUAGAUGCUGAAGAAAAGCAGGAACUCCGGGCCAUCCGUCUUUCUAGGGAGGAAUGCGGGUGCGACUGUCGACUCUACUGCGACCCAGAAGCUUGUCCAUGCAGUCAGGCUGGGAUCAAAUGUCAGGUGGAUCGUAUGUCCUUUCCAUGUGGGUGUUCUCGAGAUGGCUGCAGUAAUAUAGCUGGCAGGAUAGAAUUUAACCCUAUACGUGUACGGACCCAUUAUCUACACACUAUCAUGAAACUUGAGCUGGAAAAUAAGCGCCAGCAUCCACGACCUCAACCCCUUGAAGAGGAGCAUCCUCAUGCCUCUCUUGCUGUCCAUCCUCACCAUGAGACACAGGACUUCCAUGAAUUCAUUGCUGAAAACUAUCACUUGGAGAACGAAGCAGCUGUCAGACACCUGCAAAGUGCAGAGGAGCGCCAGAGGCUCUUGGAUGAGGGUGAUGAGGCUUCUAGUCUCAGUCUGGACUCCAGCGUGGAGUCUCUAGAUGUUUGUCUUUUGGAGACUCCUAUGUCAUUGCCACCGUCCACUUGCCAUUCCUCCAUCAAUCCAGUUUUGUUGUCUUCUAGCUCUUCUGUCCUCUGCUAUACUGAUGAGGACUCUGGGAGACCAGCCACACCACCGGAGUACACUGAUGGAAGUGUGGUGUCCAUUUAUAAUCGCAGUGCAACAGGAUUAGACACAGGGUCAGGCGUGAUCGAAUCUGUUCACUCUGAGGCCACUAAGCUAAGUGGCUCUGUAAAGGUUAACACUGAGACUUGCACUAUAAUUGCCCCCUGCUCUAAAGAGGUGGACCCGGCCUCUGAGCCUGGGGGCAAUUCCUCUGACUUGGCAUCUCAGACUAAUGGGCAACUAGACACCUGCAUAAGUGAAGGGGGCAAGCUGCGAGAAGAAACUGAGAGCCAAACCUCUUGGUCAGGCCAGCCUUUUCCUGCAGAGAGUAACUUGACCGCCUGACACUUUUGGCAAACAUUUUGCACACGCCGCUCCCAACUUACCCCUCCACUUAUAACCCAUUACUCCCUUGUCUUACUACCCUGUGCACACCUAUGAAAGAAAUCUAUUUAUACAGGCUUCGUCCUCCUUUAUUAAGGUCCAUUUUUGUUAUUAAGAGGAAAAAUAUCACUCAAUUUUCAAGACAAAAAAAGACCCAAGCCUCUUUUUUGUUUUCUGCUGCAAGAGUGACUAUGACUUUUAUAAGUAACUCGGCAACAUUUUCUCCAAGCCAACAGAAGACUUCUGCAUUCAUGGCCUUGAAUAGAUUUGGGGUGACGUACCAGUUUGGCUGGUAUUUUAUCUUUUUAAUUUUUGCAAUAUUUUCUCAAUCGUUUCUCACCCAGUCACUUUAGGUACAUCAGGCCUGGUUGCCAAAAUGUGAAAAUCUAAACUAUUAGCUAUUAUGGCCCACAAAUUGUGGUCAGCUACGUGCUCCUCAUUUUCAGGAUUUGAUCUGAUCUAUCCUUGAGCCCUUAGUUGUCCUAUAGACGGCCUAUCUAUAAUAAUUGGAACCUAAUGUGUAACUGAAGCAAACACAUCCAGGUAGUAUGGUGCUAUGGAGUAGGGUUAGAGUGAAAGCUCAAGAGUUUGGAGAGCUGAGCUGCCUUUUUUGUCUUUUUUUUUGUGUCUUUUAAAAUUUCAAGCCCCAGUGCAGACGCACUUUAAAUUUAAGACAAGUCUUUAAAACAGGUCUAACCUACAGGACUCUCCUCUACUUUAUGAAGCUGCUAAUCUUUCCACCUGGACAAUGUGAGGGGGACAGUUGUACUUCUUGUGCUCUUUAACGUGCUCGUCAUUUAUCCAUAUGGAUUCACAGUAUCUAUUUCAAGCAGUGACCCCAUUCACUAAGGGGUUAGUGCCUAUGUGUAAACAAGCAGUAUGUAUACAGUCCUUUUUUAAAAAUUAGGUUUUUACAUUGAAUUAUUGUGUUUUAAAUUAUGAAAUGGAUUCAGAAUAUUUAUUUCCAGGUAUUAACGAUCAACCUGUUUGUUUUAUCUUUGGCAAAAGUAUAAAAGAAAGUAGACGCUGCAGUGGUUUUAUUGCGCCGCGGAUGGCGGUUCCUGCAGUAGUCCGACAUAUGGUUCUAGCUUUAUUGGCGGAAUCGAAAAGCUGACAUUAUAACAUCCAUCUGAUCUAACAGGUUGGUUAAAAACUGGCUAAUAAAAUGUUGCCACCUACAGCUAGGAUGGUGCAGAUUUUGGUCUUAGUGUGUUUCUUUUAGCCUAAAAAGUUUAAUUCGUGACAUUUUAGCCUACUGUAAAAAUCAUGGAUUUCCCCUGUAAAUGAUCUUGCUAAGAACUUAAUGCAUUCUAAAAUCUACGACUGCACUGAGGCGAUGCUGGGGUGCUAAUCAAACUUCUGUGAAUUGCAAUACAAGGCAAAAAAAAUGUAACUGACCCUAAAGAGUUAUCGGUCACAAAUUAAAAAAAAAAUGCUA